CGCGGAUAUUAAGUAGCAAAAAAAACGUAUCGAGCCGAGUGUUUUCUCGGGAAAACUCCCACUUGCAGAAUUAUAGCAAUUAGAAUACCGCAAUCUAGUUAAGGUGGCUAACAAAUUCGCGUUGUUGGUUUGUUGUUACAAGUAUCGCGCAUCGAUAGGGAAAAUCGUCUAUUGCAUUUGUAUACAGAGCAGGUGGUGUUGUCUCUCUCAGGCUUGCACGCUCGCUCCUGAUGUGCGAGCGAAACAACAACAAACAAGUUACAAGUUCCAACACAAUUCCAUCUUCAUUCAAUGCAAAACUGGAGCUAGACUCCAGCAAAGACGACACCAUUCACUCCGCAAACUUGAACAAAAAACUCGUCAAGAUUAAAAAGUUCAAGCUGGACGAUAUGAAGGAAAUGGUGGGCGGCUGUUGUGUUUGUUCGGACGAGCGGGGGUGGCCGGAGAACCCGCUCGUCUACUGUGACGGCCAAAACUGCAUGGUUGCCGUGCAUCAGGCAUGCUAUGGCAUCGUGACGGUCCCCACCGGACCCUGGUAUUGUCGCAAAUGUGAAUCCCAAGAGCCCGCCUCCCGCGUCCAUUGCCAUUUGUGCCCCUCAAAGGACGGGGCGCUCAAGAAAACAGAUCAAAACAAAUGGGCACAUGUGGUGUGUGCUCUGUAUAUACCCGAAGUGCGAUUCGGUAAUGUCACCACCAUGGAGCCUAUACUCAUAUCGCAGAUACCGGAGGAACGCUUCCACAAAGCCUGCUACAUUUGCAUGGAGAUUGGAAAAAGUGGCCGUUCCACCAAGGGUGCCUGCAUGCAGUGCAACAAAUCCAAUUGCAAGCAACAAUUCCAUGUCACAUGCGCCCAGAGCCUGGGUCUGCUCUGCGAGGAGGCAGGCAACUAUUUAGAUAAUGUGAAGUACUGCGGCUAUUGCCAGCAUCAUUAUAGCAAACUGAAAAAGGGCGGCAACGUCAAAACCAUACCGCCAUACAAACCCAUACAACAUGACACCUCAUCCGAUUCGUGUUCGUCGCCCGAGAAGGAUAUUGACUCCACAAUGAAUGCAUCAGCUACCUCGGCAACGAGCAUUAAGAUAACCAGCAGCAGCAGCGGCUGCAGCACUGCCAACAGUAGUGCCUUGAACGCCAGCUCUUUGGGGGCAGUCUCCGGAGGCGGCAGCGGCAGUGGUGUGUCCUCAUCGUCCAAGCAGCGCAAGAGCAAUGCAUCGGGCAAGUCAUCGAGCAGCAGCAGCAGCAGCUCCUCAUCAUCAUCCACGGGAGUGGUGAAUCCCACCUCCAGUUCCGCAGGUUCGGGCGGAGGCAGUAAUCUGCCAGUCGGAGGAAGCCUACUACCAUCGAGUAGUAGCACUAGCAAUAUUAGUAAUAGUACCAGUACCAGUCUGCCGGCUGGCACAGGAGCAGCAGCAGCUGCUGGCGGAAACGUGGCCGGUGGCAGCAUAAGUGCAAUAAAUCUACCUUCCUCCGGCAGUGGCUCUGGCUCUCAGAAGGCCUCCGCCACCAGUCAGUCGACAACAUCGGCAGCCACCACAACAAAAUCCUCGGCCAGCAGUUCGAGCAGUAGCAGCAGCUACAAGGACAAGCAUAGCAAAAGCUUGAGCAAGCAAUCAAAUUCAAGCAAGGAAAAGGAUAGCAGCAAGGACAGCGGAAACAAUCCCCCUAGCAGCAGCACGAGCAGCAGCUUAUCGAAUUCAACAGCCACCUCAACAUCUACUAGCUCCUCUUCGUCGCGGGAGAAGUCUUCGUCGAAGUUAUUGAAAAACAAGGACACCACACCCAUUCAAAUGCCAAGUGCCACAAGCAGCAGUUCGAGUAUCAGCACAUCCAGCAGCAGCAAUACCCAGCCGAGCAACAGUUCGUCAACUCUAACAGCCGCCAUUGGUUCUGCCGCUGUAAGCAGCCCUGUGGCUGCCCUAUUCGCCGCUGCAUCAGCCAAUAUCUCGAAUCAUGCCCAAAACCUAAGUACGAAUGGAGGAGCAGGCAGCAAUGUGAGCACUCAUCUGAAUGCCAGCAGCAGCCGCAGCACGGGUUUCGGUACAGAACUACGUCCGGGCAGCAGUAAUUUGAAUGACUCUUCUUCGGUCAUUGCGGCAAGCAGCAGUGCUGACAGUUUACCAGGCGCUGGUUCGUCUGCCAGUAAUCUGACUGCAGGCCUGGGCCAGGGCUCAAGUGGAGGGGGAACAGUCUCCUCCACUGUGGCCACUAAUUUGACCACAAGCAAGGCCUCCUCAUCAUCUGCAGCAACCUCGUCGUCGUCUUCCGCCAGCAAUCCCACACAAACCACGAGUGUGGCAUCGAAAAAGCGUAAAGCCGAUUCGGUGAAGCAGUCAAGCGGCAGUGGCAGUGGCCCACCACUCAUCGCUCCAUCAGCCUUGGACGAUAGCAAUAGGUGGGCUACGAGAACGGCAAAGAAAAGUUCAUUUCGCGAAUUGAUCAAGGAUACACACGUGACUCUGACGGCACUAACAGAUUUUGAAAAGGAAAUAGAAAAGAGCUCCAAGAGGCAACGAACGGAACUUAGUCCGCCGACCCAUCAAACAUCCGCCACUGCCGAAGUGAAUGCCACAUUAGCACCCGCCAUAAGCGCCACAAUAGCUGCCACAGCGAGUGCAACAACGGCAGCAGUGACAUCCGUGGCCGGAGGAACCACAACGGGCAGCAGCACUUUGAGCAGCAAUGCCACAAGCAGCAGUACAGCAGGGGGAGCAGGAGGAUCGGCAGCAGCACCAGCUGUGGGCGGGGCGGCAGGAGUGGGAGCCAGUGGCUAUCCAAAGACAGAUUCGAGUAGAGCCAAUACCAGCGGAAGCAGCAGCAAACACAGCAGCAGUGGCAGUGGCAGUGGCGGUAUUAAGGAGAGCAGCAGCAGCAAUCCAACGCCACCUGCGAGUGGGAGUGGCAGCAGCAACAGCAAUGCCCCCAGCCUUUACGUCUCUGUGCCGCUGUCGACAGCCAAUGUACCUGGAAUCAAUCUGCCAUCGAGCAAUAGCAGCAGCGCCGCCACGAACCCCAGCGGUGAUCCCCAUGUGACGGCAGCUUCACGCAGUACCCAACAGCAGCAGGCGAAUCAGUCAGCACUGAGUACUGCAGGGACUGCAGGAGGAGCGUAUGCAACAGCAACAAGUGUUGGCGCGGCCUCAACGGUUAUUCAGCAUCAAAGCGGAAAAUCAUCACCAGCUCUCGGCGGCAGCGGCAUCGGUACCCUAGUCAGCGGUAAUAGCGGUGGCAGCAUCAUCUCCGCCAGCACCGGCAGCAGCAGCAGCAUCGGCAGCGGCGCCCUGUCCACUGGAAAUCUGACGGCCACUACCACAGAGAGUGGUAACCUAAAGAUCAGCUACGAGAAGCAGACAACGCGAGUACAACAGCUGCAAGAGCAGGAGGCACCGCCAGCCACGUCGCGCAGAAGCAGAACUCCGGAUCUUGCAACGACAGCGGCCGCAACGACAUCAUCACUGCCAAGCACAACAACGCUGACGAGUCAGCAGUCGAGCCAAUCGAUGAUGCCCCUUGUGGGUGGCCUCAAGUUCUCGUACGAGAGUCAGACGCAGCACCAGCUCAUGGAUGUGGCCAUGCUGCCGGUAAGCUCCAUCAAGGACUCGCCGCCCAGUUCGCCAGGAUCCGAGAUUGGUGGCGCAACGCAGUUGCACACGACAGCAGCAUUGAGUGCCACAGCUGUGGCUGUAGCCGCUCCCCAGCCUGGAAAUGUGCGCAAGCGUGGACGCAAGGCCAAGGACACGACGAUAGCUGCGGCAGCAGCGGCGGCAGCACAAGCAGCAACAGUAGCCGCAGCAGCUGCCACAAACGUCCAGCAUCAGCCAGAUCUCAAGGAUGUGCGCAUCCUGCAAAAUGGAGCUGCCAGCAGUAGUUCAUCGAGUGGUCCGAUCAGUACCCCAACGCCGCCGGCAACACCCGCAGCAGCGUCCGGAGCGUCGGCGAGCUCGAUCAUAGCGCACACGGCCACCCAUAUGCUGGGGAAUCAUGUGAAUCCCAAUAGCAGUGUGGCCCAGAAGCUGUCGGAGCAGCUGCACAUGGAAGUGCAGGAUCAUGCCAUCUACACGAGUGAUGCCAUGAGUUCGCAAUUCACGGGAGUGCCAUUCCCUGGCAAACAGCGAAAUAAUACCAGCGCCGCCUCCAUGAAUGCCGCACCGGCACCGAAUCCACUGCAAUCAAUGUUUAGCGGUGGCGGAAUGAAUAGCAAUAUGUCGAUACCCCAAAGCUUAGAGCAGCUGCUGGAGCGCCAAUGGGAACAGGGCUCACAGUUUCUCAUGGAGCAGGCGCAGCAUUUUGACAUUGCUUCCCUGUUAAAUUGCUUGCAUCAGCUGCAGAGUGAGAAUCUGCGCUUGGAGGAGCAUGUGACCAGCCUGAUAGCGCGACGUGAUCAUUUGCUGGCGGUAAAUGCCCGCCUGCAGAUACCACUGAAUCCGAUCGCCAACAAGUCCGAGGCGCAUGCUGCAACCACAACUUCUUCUACUACUACUUCAACAACAACAACAACAGCAACAUCAUCAACAACUUGUACAACUUCUGUCCUUUCCACAUUAGCAGCUUCCAACAUGAGUGCCCUUAAUGCGGCAACAACAAUAGCGGCAGCCGUCUCCCUGGCUACCACAGCUAUCAAUACGACCACACCCACAAUGGUUAACAAUCGCCCCACUGUGGCGCCGGCCAGCUCCAGCGGUGUACUGGACUAUCGGGGCACGGGCACGGCAACGGGCGGUGGCAGCAACAACAAUGGCAGCAUGGGCAAUAAUCCUGGCGUGGCAGGAGGAGCAGGCGGAGUAGCAACAUCCUCCUCGAAUGUCAGCUCGGGCACAACCACCCCCAUGUCUCUGGGCGGAACAAUGAGCAAUGCAGCCAGCCUGGGAUUGAGACACGUCUCUGCGGUCCAUGCAGCAUACAACAACAGCAACAGUGGUAGUGGCAGCGUAGGCAACAGCCUCCAUCAACAUCCCUCCCAGAACCAGCAGCAGCAGCAGCACUCACAUCCGUCGCAACAACAAGUCGUACAGCAGCAUUUGCAGCAGCAGCAUCAACAGCAACAGUCGUCGUCGUCGCAUCAUGCCAGCGCCGCUGUUGCCGCCGCCCAUAUGCUCGGUGUGGGUGUGGGUGUGGGUGUGGGCGUGGGCAUGGGCAUGGGCGGUGCUGGCGGAGUGGCGGCGGCGGCUGGUGGCAAUAUUGGACGAGGUGGGUCAGCGACAGCUCUAGCUGGUGCAACAUCAACAACAACAACAACUACAUUUACAACAACAGUGGGCAUGCCACUCCGCGUGGGCGGAGUUGGCGUUGGCGGCAUUGGCCAUGGCGUUAACCUUGGCCUGGGCGAUUUAAGUAGCACCACCACCACUUCCACCUCCUCCUAUGCGGCGCAUCACGCGGCGCUCUACAGCACGCAUCAUCAGUCCCAGCUAAGGCGCGACGAUAACCUCGCCAAAACCAGCUGAAAGUCAUACCGUGAGC